UCACAAUCCAAACACCUCGAUUGUAUAUCUCUCAGCGGCAAUAUCGUCACCUUUGGAACCACACAUCUCUACUGCUAUAUCUUUGUACUGCAUCUGUAGCACUCGAUACACAACUCGCAACCUUGUGCUUCCCCACACUUGGUUCCCCGCGUUUCGGUAAGAUUAGGGCCGCUUUUCCCACGUCACUGCGCCUAGCUCGGGCCAUCGCGCAAGAUGUCCAUUGAUCUCGACGUUGAAGCUGCCACCGUCGAAAGCGCGGAUGCUCGACGUGACCGUCUCGACAGGCUUCCUGAUGGGCUCUUGCUUCAGAUCUUCGAGCUGUUGGGGCACGCGUCCAAGCGCAAUUUGUGCAACGUGUCGCGACUUAACAAGCGCUAUCACCGCUUGAGUGAUGCUGUGCUCUACAAGAGUAUUCUGUUCGAGACGCCAGAUUUACAUCUCACUUUCAGUGAAUCACUGGGGCGUCGACCGCGACGCGGGUCAUCGAUAUUUGAAGUGAAGUUGGCGUACCCGUCACAUGCGCUGUCCGAGCUCGCUCUCGAUGCUCCACUGCGACAUCACUACGACCCAUCGCAUUCACUGUCAAGAAUGUCCAACCUCGAGAGACUGGACAUCGCAUUGCCAGACAAGCUGUUGCACGGCAUCGGGUGCCUGUUCAACGGGCCGUUCGAUCUUGCCUGCCUUAAGAUAUGUCGUCUUUUCUACCAAUGCCCCGACGAUGGAUACUGGGACCUCCGCGAGAACAUCCACAUCUUUGCUCAUCCCGAGCUCGAGAGUCUGACCAUUCGAAGAGCCAGAUUGGACGACAGAGGAUUCGAUUCUCUUGAGCGCCCGCACGAGACAGCGUUGAAGAAGCUGCACUUGAUUGAAUGCGACAUCAGCGACGACACUCUGUCGGACGUUCUUGAGUUUCCCAUAGGCCUCGAGGAAUUUGUUAUGACACAGCUCGAGGACCCGGAACCAAAUGUAGAGGAAAGCUCUGACAGCUUCAGUGACUACAUUAUCGCGCUUGGAUCUCAAGCGCAUUCACUGAAAAGCAUCACCAUCGACUUCCCUAGCCUCGGCUGUCGGAAAACUUUACGCAUGAGAGAAUUCGAAGCACUCAAGGAGCUGCGCAUGAACUGGGAUUACCAAUUAUUCGGCAAGUCGUCCAAGAAGCCGCGCAUGUACUCAGUGGGCCUGCCUCCGGAGCUUGAGGUCUUGGAGUUCUUCAACGAAUUGGGGAAAGACGACGAGGUGACUGAUCUCUUACUGGCAAUGCUUGAGCAGAAGCAUGUCGUUGCGCGGUCGCUGAGGAAGAUGAUUGUGGUCGAAGGGAACGACAAGAUUUUGAUGGAACUGAAAAGCGUUUGCAAAGAGCAAAGACUGCAGCUAGACAUCAUUGGAGAGUUAGAUCAAAGCGAAGACGAAGAUGAAGACGUAGACGGAGACGUAGACACCAGCGAAGGGGACGACAAUUCAGAAUAGAGUAUCAGGACACGUACGAGUACGUAAAACCGCUUGGCUGCCGUUGCUUCAAGCUCCACCCCCAGCAGCCAAGACGGUUGCUGUCCCGGCUGAUUGAGUUUGCGGGGUGCACCCGUAAUUCCACCACUCAGAUAAACUUAGACGCAAUGAAGGGCUUCCUCUUUGGACGCGGAGGACUGCCAAUACACCAACCCUUUAAUGGCGGUCUGAUGGAUGUCCAUACCCGCCUUCGAUCCACGGCAACGUCCAGCUGCUCCGAGAAUAUAUACAAAAGGUCACAUUGCAUUUUACUAUUGAGAAACCCGACAAAACUCUGGUGUCUUUCUAUCAGGAACCGGGCAGAUCAAUUGUUUACUUAACUCUCAUAAUGCGCUCCGCCAUCUUCACCAUAUUGCUUGGUAGUGC